AUGUUUGUCUCGCAUUCUCACAACAGCAGCACGCGACAACCGUGUGGACGUCUCCACACACUGGAAUAAAUGCGCAGUUUGGUCUCUUCAUUCGUAGACAAAAUGGAACGAAAAUAUGAACGGAGAAAUGGAAAUGAAUUUUGCUGAAAUGAGUCCGAACGUUGGUGUGAUCAGUUUCUGUUCUCAUGGCGGAAGAGGAAAUCUCCACAAUGAUGUUGGCUUCCUUGCUGUUAUUCAGACAGCAUGUACAUCCUGACAUCCACCAGCAAGUUUCUGUGAUGCUGUGUCAUUAUUUUGGCCUGUUUUGUGAUUUUAGAAGCCAGUAGCCAUGGUAGAAGACGGCCAUGAGGUGUAGGGUGAAAAACAACACAUCGGAAUGCCACAAGCUGUCUCGCUGCUCUCCCUGUUGCUGGGCCUCAUGGGAUGUGCUUUGGCAGGGCUCAACAUCUGGCCCUCCUUCCACGUCGCCCUUAGCAACGCCAGUGUGUUCGUGGACUUCAGCACGAAAAGCAACAGCAGCCUCAUCCGCCACCUGAGCCUCUCUCUGGUUGACAUGGACACAAACGCCACCCUCCAUACCAUGACUCUGCCCAUCAACCAGUCUGCUGGCAGGGUGGAGUUCAGCUGCACCAAUUUCCUGUAUGCUGGAACUUUCCGCUUCCUGCUAAGGCAGACCAGCGCCCCAGAGGAGUCCAACUCAAAUGGGGCGGGGAGUUGGGAGAGUACCGCGUUGUGGUGGAGUUCAGAACUGCGGGUGCAGUGGCCCACAUUUCACAUUGCGGUCGAGAGGGUCGCAAACCACUCGGGAGCUUUUCAGAUUGGAAUAUCCACAAACGAACACUUCCAGCCUUGCUCCAGCAUCCUCGACCCCGCUCUCCUGCUCGAACUCAGCUACAUUGAGUACAACCAGAUCGGACGAAAAGCCAUCAACAAGGUGCAAGCCCGCACAGAGCAUCCAAUCCGACCUCUGCGUUCCCAGAUUAUCAAAUUUCCCUGUGCCUUCCCUUUCACGGAGAGGGACUUCAUACAAGUGUCCCUGCGCUCCCCUCAUUCACCACAGGAGGUGAUAAACUCCGGUCCUCUCUACCUGUCCCACAUCUUAUCCCAUAAGCUGCUCGUGGACAACGCAAAUGCCUAUAGGACUGGAUGCGAGGGGGCCGUGACCGUGAAGCUCAUAACUCCACCAUGUGCUCACAUUGAUGGAAAAGUACUGUUGUUUCGAGACAGCGUUGUUGGAAGAGGACUCGCUCUGUCCUCUGGGGUCGGAGCAGGGGGAACAGCGGUGAUGAGUUUCAGGCAAGAGGAUCCGCCCUCUCCUCCGUUGGCUUUCAACUGGCUCACUCAGGGAGAGAAUGAGACAGAAUUCAACUGCUCUAUUUUUUACCCGGGAAGGAGUAAGUACUGCUUCCGAUUUGUGUUUAACUACAGCCGCUCGCCAAGUCCGGCUCAGACCUGCCUGGUGGUGCACAGGAGCGAAGAAUCUUGGGGGCCCUGGAAGCAGUGGAGUGUGUGCAGUGUGAGCUGCGGCGAGGGCGUCAGGGAACGCGUGCGGGAGUGUUUGCUGCCCUCUGGUGUGGACGGGAAGAAGUGCACUGGAAUGGAGAAGGAACAGUCCUUCUGCUCGCUGGAAGAUUGUGCACCACUGCCGGCACCAUCUCCAUCUCUUCCCCCCGUCCUGGCUGGAGUCUCCCCCCUCGGCGGGAACAUGGUGGUGGUUGCCGGCAUCUCCCUCUGCCUCGUCGUCAUCCUGGCCACAGUAGUGAUCACCGUGUGGAGGAAGCUCUGCCGCACCGCUCAGUGCAGCUCCGUCCGCAGAGGCUCCGUCCAUUCCCCCGGCGGACGCAAACUCUCCGACGAGGCCUCCAUUUGCGCCAACAGCCUUCAGAGGCCGGGGCUUGCCAGCGUUAGUUCGACCCAGAUCCACAGGCCUCCCCUGAGCAGUUCACCUCUUCUCCAGACAACAGUGAUGCCUCUCUCACAGGAUCCGGAGAGGCUAUCUCCUACUGGUCAGAAGUUGCUGCCCUCCAUUUUUGGGUACCGCUUAGCUCAGCAGCAAUUAAAAGAAAUGAAAAAGAAGGGCUUGAAGGAGGCCACACAACUCUACCAUGUCUCCUCAAGCCCGGUUCAUGAUACCUCAGAAGACACCCCCGCUUCACCGACCAACCCUCACAUUCAGUCACCCAUUGCUUCCUCCUAUUCCGAGCUGCCGUCGCAGCCUUCCAGGAUCGCGCCGGAGCGACCAAGUCCCAGAGUGGAGCUCGUCUUGGGUUCUCAAGUUUCAGGUCACGCAAGUGGGGGCAGCUCCAAGUGGCGCGACCGCACUGCCAGUUGGGUAGAGAUGGUAGAAAGGAGCCGCAUAGCAGGUGUUGCAGAGAGACCGCGAGGAAAUGCGUAUGACAAGAACCCCCAUUUCCGCAGGACCUCCAGUUUCACUGACGCAAAACCACAACUUUCAUCUUCAGGACACUUCCGGGACAGGAGCAUGACUCAGGUGGGAUCUCGGACCAUUCCUGAAGGAAACUCGUGGACUAAAGAGAGAAGAGAGAGGCCUCAAUUUAGUUCCUACCCCAUUCCAGAGCAUGACACCCCAAAGUUGUCUCAUUGUAGAAGUCUGAGUAGCAAGCAGAGAAAUACAUGCAUCCAUAUUUCCUUUCCUUCUCUUAAUAAUGAAAUGAAAAACAAAGGAACCAACACCUCCCAGAAACAUCUAGACCACAGCGCUGAGGGAGGAAGCAGAGCUCGCGAGGGAAUCUCAGGGAUCGGCGGUCCAGUCAUAAGUCCUGACAGUCAGCACGGAGUGAACCUCAGUGUGGAACGGGCCGAGCAGAACUGGAACCGCCGCGGUCCAUCGCCUAUCCAAAGGAAUAUGCUGGCGCGAAAACUAAAGGAGGCUCAGUCCUGCUCCAGCGUCAGAGGACGUCAGCGCAGCUCCACUUUCAGCGUGUCGUCGUCAGACCACAGGAAAGACCAUGACCGCCCGAGACCUGGGUCUGGUUGCUACGUCGGCACUGAAAGCUCUGCUUACACCUUAAGUGGGACCGAACAAAGGAGGCUGCACCUUUCACCAGCAUACGCAGAAGAGACCAAUUAGG